GAAGCGGAGCGCGGCGGCGGCGGGGAGCCAUGGGCCGCCUGCACUGCACGCAGGACCCGGUGCCCGAGGCCGUGGGCGCUGACAUGCAGCAGCUGAACCAGCUGAGCGCGCAGCAAUUCUCAGCCUUGACCGAAGUGCUUUUUCAUUUCCUCACUGAACCCAAAGAGGUGGAAAGGUUUCUGGCUCAGCUCUCUGAAUUUGCCACUACCAAUCAGAUGAGUCUUGGUCCCCUCAAAAGCAUUGUGAAAAGCCUGCUCCUCGUCCCAAAUGGUGCCUUGAAGAGGAGCCUCACUAGCGAGCAGGUCCGCGCUGAUUUCAUCUCCCUGGGCCUCAAUGAAGAGAAAGCCACUUAUUUUUCUGAAAAGUGGAAGCAGAGUGCACCCUCCCUGGUGAGAUGGGCCAUGGGCCAGACCCUCAUGAUUAACCAGCUUGUUGAUAUGGAGUGGAGGUUUGGAGUGACAUCUGGAAGCAGUGAAUUGGAGAAAGUGGGAAGCAUUUUUUUACAAUUGAAGUUGGUGGUCAAGAAAGGAAACCAAACUGAAAAUUUAUAUAUAGAGUUAACCUUGCCUCAGUUCUACAGCUUCCUGCACGAGAUGGAGCGAGUCAAAUCGAGCAUGGAGUGUCUCAGCUGAUCCCCGCCCCUGUCCUGCCCCUUCCCUGGUACCUGCUCCAGAGGCGCCUUCCUCAUGCCCUUCACUUCCAGCAGCCCUGCUGCCUUCUCGGGAACCUGGGCACCUGGGCGCAAAAGGCUUCCGAAAACGCAGCGGGGUAGAGCACACCUCAGGAGCCCACCUCAGGACUCCCUUAUACAAGGGCUAGACACACUGCAGACCCUUGCUUCACAGAUGGGAAAGAGAUGCUGGCACCUUCAUCAGACAGAGUAAAUAAAGGGUGCCACCACUCAGAUCACCCUCCUUCCCACAAAAAGCAAGGGUGGGUUCGUGGCUGAGGACGAGGCAAGCAAAGAGAAGGCGUUUCCUGAGCGCUCCGUCCCAUCUGCCUGUGGAGCCACACUCCUGGUGCUGGCGGUGGAGCCAGGCCAGAGGUGUUUGCUGAGUGCUUUGCAUAGAAGGAAAUGCUUGGUCUUCUCUGAAAAGACUUGAGGUCGGA